UUUCUCUCACCCCCAAACACUAAGAGUAGCCAGAGAAGCGAAAGAGAAGUGAAGCUAGAGGAUCAACAGGCAGCCUUACAAUUUGCUGCUCUUUGUGCUACACACUCAGACUUGUGGAUAGUCUAUGAAGAAUGGAAGUGACUUUGGUUACUUUUCGAUCAAGACAACUCACUGUCAUGUGGAUGUACUUCAGUCAACUUACUUUGUUGAUACUCUAAACAUGGCAAGAGUCUCAGCACAGAGCCCAGGGAGGCUGUCUGCAGAGGAUUAUCAGGACCAAAAAUGAAAAAACCUUCUGCCUGAUAGAGGAGAAACCUCUGCAAAGAUGAACCCAGAAUCUCUGGACUCGUCCAUCCAGGGUGCACUCUCGGCCCUCUUCCCGCCUUUCGAGGCCACAGCGCCCAUCGUCCUCAGCCAGCUGUUCCGCACCAUUGAGGAACGUUACCAAGGUGAUGCGUUACAGUGUCUGCUGGACUUCCUCAUCCCCUCCAAACACCUGCUGGAGAGUGUCCAACAGGCAGCAUGUGCUGGGUACUCUGAUGUGGUUUUCCGCUGUGAGGGCUGGCCUCUGUGUCUCCAUGAUAAAACCGUCAUCCAGUUAGCACCUGUGAACCCUUUGCUGCUGCGUCCUGGAGACUUCUAUCUACAGGUGGAACCUUUCGGGGACCAAGCGGCUCGUGUUGUCCUCAAAAGUCUUCUGGAGGAGGGUUGUCGAGAAGUGGAGGAGACCCCCGUCCCUGAGACUUCCUACCCCUGCAUCUUCACUGAGGAAUGGCUGCACGACAUCAAUGAAGGACGCCAUGGAACGCCUCUGUCACGCUGCUUGCUUUGCACAGAUCAAGGAGUAAUCAAAUUGCCCUGGGCUGAAAUCGCCAUCCCAGAGUUUUUAGACAAGCCUAAGAUCAUGCCCACUUAUCGGGAAGCACCUCCUGAGCCAAAACAGAUCUCAGUUCCCUCUCAUUUUAGCUCCUCCACCCUCCCGAUGGAAUCCAUUUUUCUACCUGCAAAAGACAGAAUGCCUGCAUCUUUGAGACCUGUGGACUGUUCUUCCAAACUUGUCAAAAUGGAUUAUGAAAAACGAACCCCCAAAUCACGCUCCAGACCUGUGGUGAAACCUGUGGGUUGGGUUUCUCCUAAUACCUGGGACAGUCGCAACUAUCGAGAGAUUGAAGGUGAUUAUGUAGACCUGGUGGAUAUCGCCAAAGGGAAGGAGUUUGUGGAUAAACAGAGAGGCAGCCAUCCAAAACCACCCAAUUCAGUUUUGUUCAAACCUGUCAGGCCACCGCCACCAGUACCUCUGGGGAAUAUUGUUCCCUGUGGACACACACUUCAGUAUGCAGAGGAGCCAUGUACGCCAUGCAGCCAGAGAAAGCUGGGGCAUGAGCCCACUGAGCAAGACUUAAAGUCUAGGUACAGAGACUCGUAUGUGGCAGCACUGAGAAACCCAGUCGCUUUUGAGAGGGGGAGUGUAGACCUCCUGGCUUCCCUGGAGGAAGUCAGCCUUUGUGAAGAGGGAGAGUUGAGAUCCAAGGGUGCAUUUGACGCUCAAAGAGACAAACGUAGAAACUUUUGUAACCACUGUAAUAAACCUGUGAUAAGUAACUCUGAGCUCUGUCAAUACGGACACUGCUGUGAGCCAACACCAGAAAACUUUGCAUCUCACCAGAAAGACCUUCCUACAAGUUCUGAAUCCGAAAACCUAAUGAAGGAAUCACCCAUGAUUUUGAAAUCAACCCCUGGUUUAAGCCAUAGUCACAAAGUGCAGAUGAAACUUAUUUCCCACCAAUCAGGACAUCAUGCUAGUGAGCAUCUGGGAUCAGAUGGUGACAUUAAACCCAAUCAGAAAGGGGAGGUUUUGAAAUCAUCAGGAAAACACAAAGUUAAGGUUAGGUCUCUGUCCACUGUGUCAGAGACUUCUAAAGGGAGUCCACUUCUCUAUAAACUCAACAACAGGAGCCACAGUGAUAUCUGCCCUGAAACAAUCACCAGCGUAAUGCAGUGUAAGAAAGGUGAACUGGUGGAUCAGGUCACUCUGAAGCUGACGUCCCCUAAAAAAGACUCCCAGUCAAGUAGGAGUGAAACUCCCUCCACUGCAGAUGGACCAGACUCCAAACUCCAUAACUCGGAGCUAGACAAGCCAUCUUCUCCACAAGUUCAACUUCCUCCUGACACUCCCCAGUCUCCACAGACCAAGGAAUCAGGUUUCAAAGGCAUCGGUGGUCUGCUUGAACUGGGCAUUAUUACUUUGCCAGGCAGCAGGGACCGGACAGGCAGGGCAGUGGUGGAGGUCCAUGGGGACAGAAAGGCCUGGAUGUCCCCUCUUGUGUCAACCCACACUGUCUGUGAACUACUACUCUACUUACACUCCAUACCAAGGAAAGAAGUUCAAGAACUAGGAAUGACUUUGGUCAUCAAUGCCAGGAAGAAGCCUCCUUUGCUUCACCUCUACAAAGCUCUGCUGAUGGCCCAGGAGCAAGCUCUCCAUGCUGUCCACAGUAUCGUGAUGCUGGUGGAUAAAGAGACUUGUCCUCGACCUGAAAAACAGCCUGGUUUACAGAUGGACAUAGUGACUUCUAUGAAAGCCCUCAACAAGACAGUUGAAGCUUCCCAGCUGACCCCUGACCUGGGAGGGACCUUUAGGUACAGUCAUACCGACUGGCUGCAGUUCCAUCAGAGACUGGUUUCUUUCAUGACUGACCUGCGAGGGUCAGACAGCUUGUUGCAGAAGGCCAUCAAGAAAGUGGAUGGCAGCAAGAAGAUGGACUCUGCCCAGGAAGUACAGCAAUGCAUUCAGGAACAGAGGGCCUCAAUGAAAGAGAUGCUGGAGGACAUUCGACUGGUAACUCUGCAAAGAGAAGGAGGAGCCAUACUGGCCAGAAUGAGGAGGGAGGAGUUCAGAUUUCCACAGUCUGAGGACUAUAGAGAUGCUCUGGAGUCAGUGACAAGUCUGUAUAACCAGGUGGAGGAGAAACUCCACACUCUGGUUAUGAGAUCAAAUGAGUCACUGCAGCACCUCGGGUUCCUCUUCAGGCUCAGAGAGAUGGAGGCCAAAAUUAGCACGGCCGGGCUGUGGUUCAGUGCAGAGGGGGAACAGAGACUGAAGGAUUCUUACACUACAGACGAUCCCCUGGUGUGCACUGAAAAGGCCUUGCAGCACUUUGAUGUGUUCCUCACUCAGUCUAAGGAGAAACAACAGUACGCCUUGAUCCUGGUGGCGGAGGCAGAGGAAGCUGUUGGCACAAGUGAUUCUAGUCCUGCAACAGAUGUUUUUCGGACUCUGGUCAGCACUUUCAAAUCCAAUGUGGAUGAUUUUAUGUUGCGUGCAGAACAGAGGCACAAAGAACUGGAGACACUGGUGCAUGUGUACCGCUUCUGUGAACAGGCUUCUGCCCUGGCCAAAGAAUGCAUUCAUUCUUUGGAGCAGGUAGAGCAGGGGUGUUAUUCAGCUCAGGCCCUGAGCACACUUCAGAUGUAUGAAGAGAGAUUAGGUGGUGAAUUCUCCACCCCGCACUUUCAGGCUCUAAAAGCUAAGGCCUGUGCCGUGGGAUCAGGGGCCUUGGGGGUGUUGAGAGUGUGGAAUGUAGCCUGGGUCCAGUGCCAAGAAGUUAGGCAGCGUCUUCAGGAGAAGAAGGAGAAAGGCGUAGAUAAGAACCAGAUCCAGCCGACCACAGCUGCAAACCCUCAGGGAGAUGAUGUUGGAAUGGAGAAGGAGGAGAAAAGGCAUGAGGAGGGGGUGCAUGAAUGCUUCCUGACCCAGCAGCCAACCUCUCAGAAAGAGUUGGUCAGUAUAUCAGAAAGUGAAGGAGAAAGCACCACUGCUGCAUGCUUCAACCACCACUUAAAACCUGACUUGAAAGCGAGCGAGAAAGGAGGAUCUCAAGUGCAGAAAUUACCUGAAGCAGCCGUUACAAAUGAGAAAGUGACAAAAUUCUUUCCACAAAACAUUGACUGUCAUCCAGAAGCCAAAGGGAGGCCAAGAGAGCACCACAGUGAAGCAGAUUUGAGGAGCUCAGACUCAGUUGAAAGGGGCGAUGACUUUCCAUCACAUCAACUGUUGGGCCGGUCCCUGAGCGAGGGCUCAUGUGUGAGCUCUCAUUUGACGAGCAUUUCUGGCUUUUCACCUUUGAAUGUAAGCCACAGACACUGUCAGAAUGAAACCCAGCCACUGGAACUAAAUCUGCAGCCUGUCCAAAAUCUGCCCAUUUCCCAUAAUGAGAGUUUACAAACUGCAAGGAGGAUCAUGGAGGAGCUGCUGUCCACAGAGAGGGAGUACGUGAAGGCUCUGGGUUACGUUCGAGAGCACUACUUCCCCGAGCUGGAGAGGCCUGACGUCCCUCAGGACCUCAGGGGCCAGAGGGGGAACAUCUUCGGCAACUUAGAAAAACUCCACGACUUCCACCGACACCAUUUCCUUAAUGAGUUGGAGAGCUGCGUGAAUGAACCCUUCAGAGUGGGACGCUGCUUCCUCCGACAUAGAGAGAGCUUUGCUUUGUAUGCCCUUUAUAGCAAGAACAAACCACAGUCUGACAGUCUUCUCAUCAAUCAUGGACAGGCUUUCUUCAAGCAAAAGCAGCUGAAACUGGGGGAUAAGAUGGACUUGUGGUCGUACCUGCUGAAGCCCGUGCAGCGGAUCAGUAAGUACAGCCUGUUGCUGCAGGACAUGAUGAUGGAGUGCGGUCCGGGACAAACCAGAGAGAUGGCUGAGGUCAAGGCUGCCCUGGAGGUCAUCCACUUCCAGCUUCGCCACGGCAACAACCUGCUGGCCAUGGACGCCAUCCACCACUGUGAUGUUAAUCUGAAGGAGCAGGGGCAGCUGAUACGCCAGGAUGAGUUCUUGGUAACAUUCAGGAAGAAAAAAUGUUUACGCCACAUUUUCCUCUUUCAAGAACUCAUUCUCUUUAGCAAAACCAGGAAGACUGAUGUAGGAAAUGAAACAUAUGUCUACAAACAGUCAUUCAAGACGUCAGAUGUAGGCAUGACCCAAAACAGCGGUGACAGUGGCCUGUGUUUUGAGAUCUGGUUCAGGAAGAGAAAAACCCAGGACACAUACACACUUCAAGCAGUCAGCCGGGAGGUGAAGGACGCCUGGACCAAGGACCUGGAGCGGAUCCUGUGGGAGCAGGCAGUACACAACAGAGAGGUCCGUAUGCGUAUGGAGUUCAUGGGUAUUGGAAACAAGCCUUUCAUGGACAUCCAGCCCAGUGAUGCAGCUAUCAACGACAGAGCCGUCAACUAUGUACUGAUGGGAAGAGAAAACAGGGUGCUGUCCUCUGUGGGAUCAUGUGGUUCACAGGAAGGGCUCCCUGGGGGUCGGCCCAAAUCUGUUGGUUCAGGAAGCAGUUCGUCUUCCUCCUCUUCUUCUGGAAGAGGUUCCCUGUCCCCUGUGCGAUACCUGUGCGGGCCAAAGCGGAGGGUGGUGGCGGGGGGCCUUGGAGGAUACGUAUCGCCUCCUGGAGCUCUGGAGGAGGAUGACCUGGACCAUGAGAGUGGGAGUCACAUCUUAUUGUUGGACAGCUCUGAGUCAUCAGGAGAGAGUGUGAGUGGCUUCAGCAGUUCCAGUCACAGCUACCACUCUGCUAUUGGAGGAGAGGUGGAGGAUGCCUCCUUGGUCUCUGUCUCUGUGAUCACUGUAAAGGAGGCAGCGGUUGCAGCAGUUGCUCUGGCAGGAUCCCCAGAAAAAAACAAACCACCAGUUGCACCCAAGCCCAAAAUUAAACCACAAUACCAGGCCAAGGAUCUGCCCUGUAGCAAGGUUCAAAACACUAGUGUUGGAAAAUCCACGGAGGUUUGACCUGUGUUACAGUACAAGAUUUGGAGGCAACCCAAGAAAAGCAGAGAGCAGUCUGUUGGUGUCAGCGUUGAAGAUGAAACUAUUUAAACAUACAUCCUUUUAUACCACCUGUUGCUUUAAUCCAUUGCCACUCUGUAAAUAGAUGUUCUUUUUUAAACUCACCACUAAAACAAUAAGUCCGAAAAAUGUCUGUAAAUGUAUUGUAAUUAAACAAAGAUAAAUCUCGAAAUGUGUAACUGGCCGUGCACAGUGCACUGUAAAUCAUAGUCUCAUAGCUCAUGCAUGCUCAUGCUCAUAGUCAACAAAUGUGGCUAAAUAAUCCUGGUGAAAUUAAAUGUGCAGAUUUCUAUAAGCAUGCACAAUCCUGAACACUGAGAAGUUUGAUAACAUAUUGUGAAUCUGUGAAGAAUUGUGUCACAAAGGCAGUAAACACCAUAAUGCCAUCUUUUAUGUGCCAAAUGUAUUUCCUUUUGUACAGAUUUAUCAAACUUAAUACUAACAUACAGUAUGUGUCUUACUUAUUUCCUAGAAAAUAAAACACAUUCACUCUGUCCUUUCUUUUGAUUAACUGUUUUGUAUAAACAAAUAUGUUACUGGAGAUUUGUGUAUGUAACACUUAUUUCUAUUUGAAAUACAGAACUAUGCAGUGAUGCGGAAUAUGCUGGCUUUUAUCUGUGUUUUUAUGUGCGCCACAACUAUUUUUUUGCAAUAAAUUUAACCAGCAUGCUUACAGUCAGAUGGAAGUGUCUAAACUCAA